AUGCAUCUCUCCCUACUGCUGCCAGCUUUUGCCCUGCUGGCCCGGCCCUUUGCCGAAGCGAGUAGCACCCUCGCAUACUGCGCGACUUCGAAUACUGGAUCCUCAUUUUCGGCAGUUUCCGACACAUACCAGUCCAAUGGAGCCUGUGAGACGACCUGCGCCGACUAUGCCCUCGGAGUCCUGCAGGGAAAGAAAUGUUGGUGCACCAACGUGGCUCCGGCCGCAUCCUCACAAAAGAGCACCUCGGAGUGCUCGACGGGCUGCCCAGGAUACCCAGACGAUAGCUGCGGCAGUGCCUCCAAGGGCGUAUUCGCCUAUGUGAAGAUCUCUGGCAACUCCAUCACUAGCACGGCGAGCGGGAGCUCGACCACAUCCACUUCGGGAAGCACCAGCGGCAUAUCGACGGACACAUCCACCGCCUCCACACAAAAUGUAUUAUCUCCGUCCACCUCAUCCGACUCGACUACCACUGGAAAUAUUGUCAAGGAGACCACCUCGGCUGGCCAGGUGAAGACCAUCACUGUUGCCGCAGCCAGCGAGACGGGCGGAUCGAAUUCCGCCUCGGCCGACAGCGCCAACAAGGACAGCUCCAAGCUUAGUGGAGGCUCGAUCGCCGGCAUCGUGAUCGGGGUGAUUGGUGGUCUUGCUCUUGUGGGCGCACUGAUUUUCAUGAUCUUCUUCUACCGGAAGCGUGCCCGCUCGGCUAGUCCCGUCCCUAGCACAGGCGACAUGACCGACAACCGAACCAGCCAAGGCUCAAGCUUCAUGCGUGGUGUCUUCCCUCAAGGCAAUUCCCAGGACCUGCCGGGAUCCUCGAGCCUGGGACGCAAGCAUACCUUCACCGACAACCGGCUGAAGACCGACAUCUACCCCAACGGUCCCCGGGAUAGCAGCGUGUCCCUUCAGGACAACGAGGACUACUCGCGGCCUGUUCUCCGGCUCACCAACCCGGACUAA